AUGACACUUCGUCCUGAACUGAUGGCUAUUUCCUCGCAAUCACGUUAUGUACUUCUCCUACAAAAGAAUUUAGGUAUCGAUUGGACGAGCCCCGGAGCCCAGUGGGAUCCCCUCCCUUUCCCUUCCCGUGUGCACGAAUGUAGCUCGAUAACGCAAGGGAGGGGAUCGACAUCCCCUACGAAGGAGUAGGGGUUCGAUGGUGU